CUUGUUCAUUUUUCUCAUGUCUAUCUCCAUUUCUCGGCGUAAUGUGUUCUUUGGUCUUCCUCUUUUUCUUUGACCUUCAGGAUUCCAUGUGAGGGCUUGUCUUGUGACGCAGUUGGGUGCUUUCCUCAAUGUGUGUCCUAUCCACUUCCAGCGCUUCUUCCUGAUUUCUUCCUCCGCUGGGAUAUGGUUUGUUCUCUCCCACAAUUUUAACUUGAUCAUAUAAAUGCCAAAUGCUGAUAGUAAUGAAAAUGUACUCCGUGUGCUUGUGUCUACAGAUAAUCAUGUGGGGUAUGCUGAAAAAGAUGGUUUAAGGGGUCAAGACUCUUUUCGAACUUUUGAGGAGAUUCUAAGUCUUGCUGUUUCACAUAAUGUGGAUUUUAUCUUGUUUGCCGGUGACAUUUUUCAUGAAAGUCGACCUUCUAUGCGGUCUUUACAUGAAGUAAUGCGUUUACUUCGUAUGUAUUGUUUGGGAAGUAAACCAGUUCAAUUUGAAUUUCUUAGUGAAGCCAAGACUAUAUUUGCUAAUACAGCAUUUCAUACUGCGAAUUAUUUAGAUGGUAAUCUGAAUGUUGGGAUCCCCGUGUUUACCAUUCAUGGAAAUCAUGAUGACCCUUCAGGUCCUGGUGGCUUAUGUGCAGCUGAUUUACUGCAUACUGCUGGUUUGAUAAAUCUUUUUGGAAAGUUCUCUUCGGUAGAACGGAUCGAUUUGACUCCCGUUCUACUACGCAAGGGAAACACUCGUGUGGCUUUGUAUGGUCUUGGAUCUGUUCGAGAAGAGAGGCUUCAUCGGUUGUUUUUAAAUAAUAAUGUCACUUUUUACCGUCCUACUGAGUGUGUAGAUGACUGGUUUUCAAUUUGUACAGUUCACCAAAAUCGUGUUCAUCACGGCCCUACAAGUUAUCUGCCUGAAAACUUUCUCCCAGAUUUCCUUGAUCUCGUUAUUUGGGGCCAUGAACAUGAAUGUCGUGUAGAACCAGAAUGGAACUCUUCUAAAAACUUUUAUGUUGUUCAGCCAGGGAGUUCUGUAGCUACUGCUCUAUCUGAAGGUGAGGCACAAAAUAAAGCUGUUGCAUUAUUGGAAAUUAGAGAAAAAGAGUUUAAGGUUGGUUCUGAUUUUCACACAAAUUGGAUAUCUUUAUUUUCUUUUGAACUAUCCGCUAUUUCUUGAAUUAGGCCAAAUGAUCCGUUCUAAGGAUGAUUUAUGUUACGUGCUAUUUCCAGAUUUUAUCAUUUCUCUUCCUAAUUGUUUGCGUAUUUACGCUCGUUUGACUUCAUAAUUUUUUUCUAUUUGGGAUAAAGUGGUUGAUAUUUUGGUCGAAAUUUUUAUUUCUAAAACAAUGCAUUUUAAAACUCCUUAUGUUGUAUUAGCAUUGAAAGUUGUUAUUUUGCAAACAGUUUUUAAAAAUUACAAUUAUCUGUACAAUCAAUCGUAUUUUAUUAUGAGCCAGUUACUCAUCAGUCUGCUAAUCAACCUCAUUAUAACUUCAUUUGUUUUUCAGCUUUAUUUGAUCAUUUUACACCGACAGUAAGGACAAAUAAAAAAGUUGCCCAAAUUAUUAUACGCAGUUAGGGAUAUCCUUAUUCGAAUAGGAAGAUAUAAAUGAAUCCCGAAAUAAUGGCUGUUAGAUGUCUUGGCACUUUUUUGUUAUUAAGUCAAAAUGAAUUGCUUAACUCUUUCUACUUGUAUCAAGGUAAAUAGUUCAAAUACAAGUGUGAAUGUAUCCAGAUCAAUAAAUUAUUCCCACCACAUAGGGAAAUCGAUGUAUGCCGAAAGUCGAUAUAAUAGUUUUCUAUUUUAUUACUGAAUAGAUAGAUCGGAAUUCCUUACUUUCAGUUUUUUCCUCUCAUCCCAUCCUUCGUUAUCUUGCUAGAUUUUGAUUUGGGUAAUAAAACUCAUUACUUCCUCUAGAAACAAUUCCAAUAUUUUCAUAUCCCUUAUCCAAAAACUGAAGUAUUUUUCUGAUACUAUACAGUAUGGUAACAGGUGAAGUUGAAUUUUAUUUGGUUUAAAUGGUUUUCCGUUUAUUCCAUCAUAACAAAUCGCCUCCAUAAAAGUAUGAGUUUCUUGAUUAAAAAUUUUCUGGAAAUCAAGAAUUGGUACGUUUUAUUACUUUUCACCAUAUUAAUCAAUGGAUGAAAAUUUUCGAUAGAUAGAUAUAUGCUUAGUAAAUUAAGCAUUUGCAUAUAGCCAAAAAUAAUAAUAAAUCACCGUAUUAAUUUGCCACAGAUGAAGUACAUAUCAUAGUUUUGUUAUUUUUCUAUAGCUGUGUAUCUCUUUUACUUCUAGGUUACACGUCUACCUUUACGUACUGUCAGACCAUUUUUAUUUAAGGAUCUAAUUUUACAGGAUUAUGCGCCAAAACUAGAUCCAAAUGCAUUCGAUAUUGUCAAGCGAAUCGAGUCAAUAUGUGACAAACUUAUUGAAUCAGAAAUAAGCAAGGCUGUAACUUGUUCAUCUGAAGCUUUAGCAAGUGAACUGAACGUUGAUGCGAGUAAAUCAACCAGUGCUACAGAAUAUGAAUGUCACGAAAAUAUCAAGAUAACAUCAACUCAACGACUACUUCCCCCAGUUGAACCACUUAUACGUUUACGCGUAGACUUAAGCGGUGGAUUCGAAUCAUUCAGUGGACUUAGAUUUGGUCAAAAAUUUGUCGGUCGUGUGGCCAAUCCGAAAGACUUAAUUGUUUUUAAUCGAAAUCGUGAAAAAUUGGCUGCUGCGCAAGCAAAUCGCGCUUUAAAAUCUGGUUUACAGAACAGUACGAUGUGUAGUGAUCCAGAUGAAAUGGAAGUUGAAAGUAAAAAAGUUGGAUUAAAUUCUGCUGAAGUUGAAGAGCUUGUACGUCAUUAUCUUCUACAAAUGGUUGAGAGUAAAGGACAAAAACCGUCAGAAGAGUUAACUUGUGGAUUGAGCUUAUUCACUACACGUGAACUGGAACGUGGACUCAGACGAUAUGUAGAUCGGGGUAUUUCUGAUGCUAUAAAUCAUAUCUCAUCAUCUGUUUUGAACAAAGCUAUUCGACAUCUUAGAUUGCGUAAAGCUCCAGAAGAACGUAUUAUCACUGAUAUUUUAACCUUUUGCUGUACUCGAAGCGCUAAUUCUACACAAAAUGAGGACAGUGAUAAAGAAGAAAAUGAAGAUAAGUAUAGCCCUAUAAAGCCAUCCAGUAAUCCAAAAGUCGAAACUUUAGCAAAUACUAAAUCAACGGGCUUACAGGAAUUAGAGUGGAGUCUCGAGGAAGAUGAAGCUGAACAAAUACCAAAAUACAGUAAUCUAACCCCAGAAAAAGUCCGAGUGAACAAAGUCAGUGGUAAAGCAAUAUUGCAAACAAAACAAGCAACCAAUAAAAAGUCUGUGCCGAGCUGUCAACUUAUACUACAAACGAAAGAUGAUUU